GCUGUCGCCUUGCGCUGUCGGCCACAGUGGGGCUUUCGUUGCAUGUCACCCAAAAGGAAUCUCGUACAGGAUGGUUCGCUCAUCCUCUCAUGGCCUGGGCGCCAUGACACGCCUUGUAUAGCUCUCGUUCCUGCCAGAUCCUAUACACGAAUGCCGGCGAAGGCUGCGAAAUAUUGGCAUUUUCAACCCCCAUUUUCGAUGUGACACGUCCUCCGAAUAUGUUGGUUCGCAGAAUACAACGCACCUUCACCAUUGACUUCGCUCGACUUGGGAGAAGCAGUCGCCCCCUUUGCGAUCCCUGAUUUUGGAGCACGCCGGCUACUUUUUCUUGUCCGCAUCGCCUCCCCUUUACAAUGCCCGGACUCCCUUCUUCCGUGGACCUUGACGAGUGUAUCUCGCGUCUCUACAAGAAGGAACUUCUAGCCGAGUCGGUUAUCGAAGCAAUAUGCGCAAAGACCAAGGAGCUGCUAAUGCGCGAGAGCAAUGUGGUCCAUGUCCGCGCGCCCGUCACUGUCGUGGGCGAUAUCCACGGCCAAUUUUACGACCUGAUCGAGAUAUUCAAGAUUGGCGGCUGGUGCCCGGAUACGAACUACCUCUUCCUAGGCGACUAUGUCGACCGGGGCAUGUUUAGCGUCGAAACAAUCUCUCUUCUUGUCUGUUUAAAAUUGAGAUACCCCAACCGCGUCCAUUUGAUACGAGGGAACCACGAGUCACGAGGCGUCACGCAGUCAUACGGCUUUUACACAGAAUGUUCUCGCAAAUAUGGCAAUGCCAACGUGUGGCACUACUUCACGGAUAUGUUCGACUUCCUAACGCUGAGCGUGGUGAUCAAUGACCAAAUAUUCUGUGUGCAUGGAGGCCUCUCCCCCUCGAUCCACUCAAUUGACCAAAUCAAAAUCAUCGACCGCUUCCGCGAGAUCCCCCACGAGGGGCCGAUGGCGGACCUGGUCUGGUCAGACCCGGACCCAGAGCGCGACGAGUUCUCCCUCUCGCCGCGCGGCGCCGGCUACACGUUUGGCGCGCAAGUGGUGAAAAAGUUCCUCGCCGUCAACAACAUGAACCACAUCCUGCGCGCGCACCAGCUCUGCCAGGAGGGCUUCCAGGUGCUGUACGACGACCGGCUGAGCACCGUCUGGAGCGCGCCAAACUACUGCUACCGCUGCGGCAACAUGGCCAGCGUCCUCGAGGUGAGCGACACUGGCGAGCGCUUCUUCAACGUCUUUGCCGCGGCGCCCGAGAACGACCAGGUCAAGGACGCCCAGAUGGCCGGUGGGGACAAGACAGCCGACGGAGGCGCCCUGCCGGAUUACUUCUUAUAGAUUUCCCAGAAUGGGAAAGGGUGUGUUGAGGAUGUGGCUUGACGGUUGAUCCUUUGUGAUAUGCGC